AUGGCGACAACAUCAAUGCCUGAGAACCUCUCGGUGGAUCUGGAUCAACUUCUCGCAAGACUUUCGGACACGCUGCUCUCGCCAGCCGCAGACGAUACGCACCUCCGCACCACACCCUACGAACGCAAUCGCAUCAGUGCUAACGUCGAAUACGCACGCACCCUCGUCCUCCGCCUCGAACACAACACCCAAGACAUAAAGACCCAGUCCCAAAAAACCACACUCCAAGCCGACCUAGCCACAAAACGCGACCUCGUAAAACGACUAAACACGCGCCUCCUAGAGCUAAACCAACUAGCCGCUCUCCACGACGACGACUCGUCCUCGGAAUCAGAAGACGAAGACGAAGCACAACGACCCAGGGAAUUUGCGCCAGCAGUCUCGACUUCGGAUACUUUGGAUACAGACCCAUCCUUGACAUCGCCACAGCAAGCAGCACAAGAUUUAGCAAGCACAUUACGGAACAGAACAAAUGCGACAAACAGCAAUGCAGCACCCGACUCUGCAACCACCACCGCGCUAUUCAGCAAAUCCAAUCCCACCACUGCUCCUACCCCUCUCUCCACAGAGCAAGUCCUCGAAUCUGCAAAUCGAGAUCAAGACCUCCUAACCACUUCCCUCGUAACCCUCGCUCAAUCGCUCAAACAAUCAUCCAUGCAAUUUGCCUCGUCUCUCGAGUCCGAAAAAGAAGUCUUGAGAAGAGCAGAAACCGGCUUGGAUAAGAAUAGUAUGGGUAUGGAGGCUGCGGGAAAUAGAAUGGGUGCGUUGAGGAGAAUGACUGAGGGUAAAGGAUGGUGGGGAAGGAUUAAGUUGUAUGCUAUUAUUGCGGGCUUGUGGAUUGCGGCGUUCUUGUUGGUGUUUGUGGGGCCAAAGUUGAGGUUUUGA